AGAAUCCACCUACAAUAUCAACAGAAAAAGAUAAAAAUCUCAACCGACCCAUUUUAGCAAAAAUCUCGAAAGUUGACUCAAAUCCAUUGGUGCCGCGACUAUUAGAAGACAAUCGAAUGAAGGAAGAGGAAAUAGUAAAACUAAAACGUCAAAAUCAAAAAUUUAGAUUGAAAAUAGCUUUUCAUCAACAGCAACAACAUCAGCAACAACAGCAACAGCACCAACAACAACAACAACAACAGCAACAUGACCGUUAUAAUCCCUACUAUUAUCUUGAAAAUGAUAUGUUUCAUGUUGGAGACGAUAUUUAUAUACCGAGCUCAGAAUCCCGGAAUGCAUUUGAUGGAACUGAGCCUUCCAAAUUCAUAAAAAUUAUGUCACAUGCAAUAUGGGGUCUAGAAGCAAUUUCAAAACUAGUCGUUUGGAAACAAAAAAAUACAGCUGACCGUGAAGAAUUAGAUGCUAGAAAACUAGAACUACUAUCUAUACAUUAUCGGCAUUUUUUAAAAGAGCGUAACUAUUCCAAGGGAGUUAUCGAUUUGCAUUUACGGGCGAUGAAUAAAUAUCUAGACAGAGCCAUUCAAAGUUCUAAAAAAACAGUUCGACGAUUGCAACCUUAACCCAACCGUACUGGAUUUAGCUGUAAUUUAUUCAUCUAUUAUGUACCCUAUCGAAAGUAUUUUCUAAAAUUUCCAGAAACUUUUAUACCCCACAAACCAAAUUUUUAAUUUAUGAAAAGAUGUAUUUAUU